AUGGUGAGCACGGUCGGAUCGGUCAAUGUGGAGAACAUGAACGUGCCGGUGAUAUGGAGGAUACCGACGAAGAUGAUGAGUAUAUGUCAGAUGUCAGAAGUUCGCGCCGACGGCGAGGUGCAUGGAAGAAUGCUGUCGGUUGUAGUGGAGAGCAGUAUAUACCGUGGGAACAACUCCGCUGUUUGUUUACCUUUUGCCCACAAUAAUGCUGCCGUUCCUCAGGCUGCGGACGCCGAUCAUGCUAGUCCCGAUCUGGUCCCGCGCCUUGUCACGUGGGUUGACGCACGGACGGACCUCGAACUGCAGCAACUUUACAUUUUUCCUCCCGCUGUUCGUCUACACGCGGCAUAUUCCCCAUCUCUUCGCCGAUGA